AUGUCCACAGUUCAACUGACCUUUUUUCUACUUGAGGCGUUUUUGUUUGCAUUCUUUGCUUGCGAAAUCUUUGCAUCGCCAACAACAACAACGUUAAACGACAUAAUCCCAACGACCACACAACAAACAGGACCCUCCUCUGUGUUUACACCUCUCAAUUGUCCCCUGUUGCAUCGAACUCGACAAAUUGCUUCCUCUAAUCAUUCACUCCCUCUCUUCAAUUAUACUCAAGACAUGCUUGACAAUUGGCAGGCAUAUCAUUGCGACGGAGUGCUGAACACACAAUUCAAUCCAUGGGCCAUCCAAGGCGUCAAAACCUUUGAUUACACCUAUACCAUUGUCGAUAUCGAUCUUGCCUCCCAAAACUCUCUCUCCUAUUGUCAACACGUUCUCAAUUCUUCCAAUUCAUUACUCAAUCAAACACUUGAAACGUUUAUACAUUUCAAUAACGCCACACUCAUGAAACUCGUAUUCAUUCCUUAUUUGGAAUCGCUCUUGACCGAACAACAACGAAAUUAUUCAGUGCCUCGAACAUUCUAUUCGAAAGGAUUUACCAACAAGAUUUAUCUUUCAUCACAAUCACAACAACAACAAGACAUGGAUUUAACUCUUUUAGUGAAUGUAUUUAAUUUCUUUUUGUUUUGUUAUCAAUCCAAUCCUUAUUUUGAAACUUUUCACACUCAAACGCUUCCAAGAAUCGCUUCUUUAAGUGAAUAUCCUCGAAUUCAAACUUUGGACGUGUUAUUUGGAAAAACCAUACUUGACAAGUUUGGAAAAAUCGAAUUGACGUUUUAUAAUAGAACUCAAUUAGCAUUUUGUUCAGACAACAAUGAUCAACCAUUUUCAUUAUCCUAUGACCAUUGUAAGGGAAUUUACGUUUCGACGUGGAUUCCUCUAAGCAAACAUUUAUCUCUCAAAAUUAUUGAAGUGUUGCUGUUUUCGGUUCAACUCAUUAUCGUAAUUGUUGCGAUUGGAAUUCCAAUUCUUGUCAAGACGUUCAAAAAAUUUAAAGAACAAUUAAGAAUUACCAAUUCAGUGUGGAUCAUUCACAAAGGAAAGCUAGGUCGAAAUUCUUUAAAAGAACAAUCCAAUCCUUCUCCAUCGCCCUCCAUUCAAUUAACAAUUUCAGAAACUCCGACAAGUCCUUCAACUCCUUCUACAACGCAACAAUCGAAACAAACACAUCAAGUGAACACUCGAGAAGCGAUUUGGGCAACCAUGAAAGAAAUUUCAAUCGAUUACAUUCGAAUUUUCUUUGAUUCCAAAUUGAUGGCAAUGGGUUGUUGUCACUUGUCAAGUGGGUGCUUAAUUCUAAAUGCCUUACUAUUUUGUGUGACUCAAAGCGAAUACGGGACAAGUGUUCAUAUGAACGUAGCUGCUUUAUUAGCUGCCGUAUCAUCACUUUGUUCAGGAUUAAUUCCAUUAUCAGGAAGUUUUAUGGAAUUAUUAUUAUCAUUACGAAAUCAACAUGCAACCAUUUCCGUUCAUGCCUUAAUUGUCGUAUUUAUUCUUGUCAUUUUGAACGCUGGAUUCAUCAUGGCAUGUUUAAUUACAGCAUUUAGUGCUUACGUCGUGAGUCAAUACAUUCGAGUGAGUUCCCUUCCCGCCGUAUUACUCACACUCAUUAUUUCAUGGGCUGUGAUUUUGACUCAAUCUCUCAAAAUUUAUUUCAUGUUGAAAAAGAAUCGAAACUUUAACUUUUUUAAAUUUAAGUUUGUUCGAUUUUUAAUGUAUUUAAUGAUUGGAAUUGUCUAUUUCUUGUAUGAAGUCAUUACAGAAUUAGCUUUUCUGAGUGGUGGAAAUACUUAUUGGGAUACAUUAUUUACACGACUCUUUAAACAUCGUAUUGCAGGAUAUAUUCUAUCUCUCAUGAUUUGGGGAUUUGUUUAUGUGUUAUUUUCUGUUGAAUCGUUUAAGGAAUGUUAUGGAAUUUCAUUGGAUAAAAAGAAACGAUGGAAAUGUUGUUGA